AUGGAAAGCUUUAGAGAUGAAAUCAACGAUGCUAUUAACGAUGUCGAGUAUGGCGUUAAUAAAGUAGAGCAUAUAGAGGGACACACACAAAGUGAAGAAAAUAGAGCUGCAAUAUUACGAGUCGAAACUUAUGAUAAUAUAGAGUUAUUAGUUAAAAUGUGUAUAGAUACAGGUUAUUCAGUUUUAGAAUAUAAAAAUAACAGUGACCCCAGUUUAAAAGAAGAUUUAAAUAAGUAUUUUGACUCAUUAUCAAAUUUAUUAAUGAAUUAUAGUCCAGAGUUUCAAAAACGAUUUGGUUUAAAAUUAACAGAAAGGUUAAUGGGUUUAAGCAAAUAA